UUCAAAGAUGUCACUUCUUCAUCUUUCUCUUCCUCGGCUCCAGGUUCUUCGAGUACAUCUUUUUGCACCAGAGCCUGGUGAUGUUCCAGAUCGACCAGAAGACGAAGGACUGCUCAAAGAUCUCUCUGACCGAGGCCUGGGAUCUCUUCGACAACCCAGCCAACUCCACCUUCGAGGACCAGUACAUCAUCGGAGGCCCCGGGGACAACGUGGAGGUCCAGGAGUGGUCGGACAGGAAGCCGGCACGCCAACAUGAGACCUGGGUGGGCGUUUACACCCUGAAGGACUGCUACCCCGUGCAGGAGACCUACGCCAGGAACAGCAGCGUCACCACCUCCACCCGCUUCUUCAACCUGCAGCUGGGCAUCAGCGACCCCGACGUCUUCACCCCGCCCAGCACCUGUCAAUCAGCUCGGCCUGAGAGGAUGUCGGAGUCCGGCUGCUGAAUGCCCUCACCUUUAAUCUUAGAUACUUAAACGGGAUAAUCUCGCUGAAUUCUUCUGUUACAUAAAUGUCUGUGAGGUCACAAUCGUUUGUCUGAUGAGUUAACACAAGAAGAGUUUUUAUUCAGCAAAGAUCUAAUUAAUGACUUCUGACGAUGAAACUGUUUAAAUGCUCCUGUGACUGUUUGUUUUCCUGAGUUUGGAAGUUGUUUUUCCAGCUUUGGUGUGAAUGCAGGAGUAAACCAGUUCUUUCAGUAAGCGCCGGCUGUCACAGAAACAGCCUAUGAGUCACUUAGUUACUGCUGGCUGCUGUUUUCUAUUAUUGAUUCUAAUAACAUUUAAUUCACUAACUACUUACGACUCGCUUUUGCUGUUUGUGUGAGAAGCUUCAAAUC